CCUCAACAUCAUUAAUAUCACUAUAGAGCUUUCAUCAAACAUCGGUAUGCCACGAAAAAAGAAGCAAAAAACCAAAGAAAGCCCUAAAAAGACCCCUAUAACCUUUCAAGCCCCGGGUUUACAACCCGAUAUCCGUCUAAAGGUCUUCGACGACGAAUUCAUUGCACACAGUCUGAUGUUGAAACUCUAUUCGGCCUUUUUUCGCAAGUUUUUGGAUUCUUCGGACAAGCAACCCAAUCACGAUGUUCAGGCUCAUGAUCGCUCCGGAGGCAUGGAUAGUCACGUGAGCAAUGGCACGUUUAAGUACGAAUGGGUUACGGAGAUUAAUGAUGAUGGUACCUGGUCCUUGGUUGCAGCAUCAAAUGCGAGUCAAGUAUGUUCUACUCCUCAUCUUUUGUCUCACGACCUUGAGAUAUUGGAAAUAUUUUCCCGUGGGAAGGAUAGCUAAUUUUGAUAUAUGACAGAACAAUCCGGACUUCUCAGCAUACAAGGGUGACAAGAAGAAAGAUCCUUUCGCUUUUGAGAGACUUUUAUGUACUAUGUACAUGAAACCUUACGAGAUCCAAGAUUGCGAGGAUCUAAAAUCUAUAGUGGACCUCUCCGAUUAUUACUGUGCUCUCCAGUGGUGUCCGUAGUUUAGGGUCUGUCCUACUCCAAAGUCGAGGCUUUAUUGAAAAUAUCCCGGAGGAUUGUGUUGAAAUACAUGAACUGGCUGUAAAACUUCGCCAUGAAGCACUUUAUAGAGACAGCCUUAUGUCUAUCAUUGGAUGCAUUAGAUCACCAAAAUACGAUUGGCUUAAGGCACCCCUCGCGGAGAACGCGGAAAACAGAUAUAACGCGUUAGUGUCCUAUAUCCUUCAGGUUGAACAGCUACUGGUGCGACAGCUAUUAUUUGCCGAAGGUCAUAAGUCUGGCAAGAUGCUUAGAACGUUAAAGAACGCAAAGCUUAAGGAUAACGAUGUUGAUGAACCAUACCAGACGAGUGUAUACUUCAGGAGAAUAUCCAACUGCGGCUUGGAAGGGGGGUUUUCCCAAAUCUCUCUUGAUGUCGUCAAUAUAGCCCUUGACAAUUCCACCACCUUAGCACAACACGUGCAAGUCGGACAUAUCUGUUGGGAAGCAACCGAAUGCGAAUUUUUUCUCCGUGCAGGGAGAUUUACUAGGGCCCUCCCAUGGGAUUCAGGGGAAGUAGACUGGUAAAAUGCGGUUGCUCUGUUGCUUCAACGCCCAAUAUUUGAUGAUUUAUUUGUUUAUACGACCAGUCUUUGUUGUUUUUCUCAGAGUGUGUACAGUAGUUCAAUCGGCUUGUCUAUGUAGUGGUGCGCUUACAAAGUUGUUCUGAG